AUGGGAAAAAUAGCGAAGCACAUGCUGACGGAUCUGGACAAGUUACCCGGGGUGCAGCUGGGUGACUUCUUGUUGCAGUUUGAACUCGACGACCCAAGGGAGUCUGUUCAAGAAAUCGCCAGAAAGGAGCUCAGAGAAACUCCCGAAAUUGUUGAACCUGCAAUUGAAGAGCUAAGGCGACUUCUUGAAGAUGAUAAGGACUUGUUUGUGCCUUCUGACAACGAGGCUUGGUUGACCCGAUUCUUGAGGCCCUGCAAGUUUUACCCGGAAAGUGCAUACAGCUUGAUAAAACGAUACUACGCCUUUAAACAAAAGCAUUCCAAACUAUACGAUGGACUGAUUCCCAGUAAAGAGACGAACAUUUUCAACCAAAACGUGCUGACGGUGCUACCCACACGAGAUCAACACGGGCGUCGAGUACUGGUGCUGGAAUUGGGAAAGAAAUGGAAACCGAGCAAAUGCUCGCUGGACGAAUUUUUCAAGGGUUGCGUGUUGUUUCUGGAGGCGGCCAUGUUGGAGCCAGAAACGCAGAUUUGCGGUGCUGUUGUCAUCUUCGACAUGGAAGGCCUAUCCAUGCAACACGUUUUGCAGUUUACGCCAAGCUUUGCCAACCGAAUCGUAGAAUGGCUACAGGAAGCCAUUCCACUCAGAAUCAAGGGCUUGUACAUCAUCAAUCAGCCGUUUAUUUUCGACAUGGUCUUCAAGGUCUUCAAACCCUUCCUUAAAGAGAAGUUACGUUCUCGUAUCGUGUUCACGGGCAGUGACAAAAAGCUGUUGCAUGAGUACAUCAGCCCGAAGUGUCUGUCAGAUAGGUAUGGAGGCACUCUCACAAUACCCACGGUAUCUGGAGCGCAGUGGUUGGAGCUACUGCUUAUGUGUGAUAAGGAAUUUAGCGCUAUUAACUCCUACGGAUACAAAAAGAAGUGA